CUGUUUUGGCUGAAGGAUGAGCGAGGGAGGAGGCGGGACGCUGUUUUGGCUGAAGGAUGAGCGAGGGAGGAGGCGGGACGCUGUUUUGGCUGAAGGAUGAGCGAGAUAUUCAUCUUACUCACGUUGUGUCACAUUCGACAAGUCACCGGCGGCUGGAACAACACUCAACCAGCUCCACAGCACAAGUCUGAGGUGAAAGGGAUUCCCAUUGACUGCCAGGAUGUUUGGGACAAAAGUCGACCCUCAAGUGGUGUCUACAUUAUAUAUCCACAAGGAGAACAGCGCCCCCUGCCGGUGUACUGUGACAUGACGACGGACGGGGUGGUCUGGACGGUGUUUCAGAAGCGGAUGGACGGCUCGAUGCGGUUCGACCAGUCCUGGCAGAAUUACGUGAACGGCUUUGGGAACGCAGAUGGAGAGUACUGGCUCGGUCUGAAGAACAUUUACCGCCUGACAAUGUUUGGAGACUACGAGCUGCGGGUGGAGCUGGAAGAUCUGGAGGGGACCCGGGUCUCAGCCCAAUACAUGAACUUCAGUCUGUCCCACCACGCCCUGAACCCUGAAAGUGAUGGAUACCGGCUGCACAUUGGGGUGUUCACCGAUGGAGGGGCAGGGGACGCCCUGAGACUCCACUCUGGACACAUGUUUUCCACCUACAAUAAGGACCAGGAUGGACACACUCAGAACUGUGCAGAGUACUGGGGGGGAGGGUUCUGGUACCACCCCAGGGGCUGCGCUGGGGCCGGCCUUAAUGCCCGCUACAACACAACCCAACCCAUCCAGCCUGCGUUCUCCUGGACCACUUGGGUGGAUUUUCCACAGACCCUCCGCAGGAGUCAGAUGAAAAUGAGGAGGAUUCCAGGAUGAUGGACUCGAGCGACUGAAGCCUUGCUGUUGUAUGUGGAUGGGAUAAAUAUAGUGUAAUCCUGACAAGUCCAGACAGAUACAAUAUAUAUGCAAUAAAAAUAUUUGUAAGCAAAUAACUUUAUUAGCAAUCGGUCAUCAAACAUAUACACAAAGGCGUUGAGGUGACAAAGAGCAGACUAAGAAGCAGAACACAAUAAAUGAAUACAAUCGCCAUAUACAAUGUGUACUAUAUACUGCACAGGUCUCCUUACAUCAUACCACGUGCUUCAUUAACAUUCCUGUAUACAUCAUACCAC